CCGCCGCCGUCAAACCCCACAACACGCCCUAUAAUUUCACCUCGUUUUCGUCCCGUGUCCCUAAGUACUCCACCACUGCCUCUUCUUGCUACAUUUUGCGCCAGCUCUUCAGUACUUACACCCAUAACCGCACUCAAGGCUACGGCUCCUGGUUUGUUUAUCUAGGCAUGGCCCGGCUUGCUUCUGAGCACCACCCAGAAGGCCCUGGCGACGCCCCAAAGCGCCGGAGGCCUCGUCAACGACGGAGCCAGACCCCCUCCGUCGACCUCUCCAAAGGCUCCAAGCGUCCAGUCUCCCCCACGCCGGAGACACCCGACACGCACGUCAAACGUCUCAAGCGAGUGCAGAUAGAUGAUCAUGAGCAACUUGCUCGUGAGUUAGAAGAUUCCGUGUCGAGGCCCCAAGCCUCCAAUACUAUCAACGUCGCUCCCGACCACGAAUCUCGCACCCGCCGUCGAUUCUCCGAGCCCCUUGUCUCCGGUCCGACUGGAGACGAUGACAACACGGCGUCAACCCCGCCUCCAGCAACCCAGCCCCUCCCCGGCCUCACACCACACCUGGAGCGGCUCGGUGCUCCCCGUGACCGUCCUUUGAAGGCAGCCCGUCAUGUUCGGAUGUCCAUGCCUGCACAACUUAGCGUUGAUGAGGAGCGGGACGACUCCAAUGGCAAUCAUGAGGUCCAGUUUGCCCCUCUUCGAGCUGUUUUGGAUAGCCGUUUAAAGCGUCGUCUCCGUCGGAGUCAUUUGAGCGAGGAGGUCAACGAAAUCGAGGAACACAAGAAGGACGACGUCAAGCUGCGAAAAGAGGCGGCAGAACUGCGCCGCCAGCUCCGCGAGCGAGAACAGCGCAUCCGGGAGCUGGAAUUUCAAGACGAAGCGCGGCGGAUGGGUAAUAUCGAUUUGUCUGAGGACCAGACUCAAGCAUUAGAGAAAGAGCUAGAGCACGCUCGCAAGGAAAUUGAGGAACUCAAAACCUCGUCAGCCUAUGCUGUUAGCUCUCGAGACGCUAGUGAAGGCAUGGACCUUGACGGCGGUGCCUUUGUCGAUGAUGACGAAGACAGCCUUCUCCUUGUCGACCCAGACGACUUGAAUAUCCCACAAGACCAAAUGGAGGCUAACCCACAUCCAAACGGCUUCUAUGCCAACCGUGCUAGCCAGAUGACCAUGGAAUCCGUCUCCACCCAACGACUGGAGUAUGACUUCCUAGCUCAGGCGUCCCAGAGUGACCCAACCGCCAUCCCAGAUCGGGUUUCUGACCAGACAGUCAAGCGGUUCGAACUUGAAAUUGCUCACCUAAACCAACAAGUUGCCGAGACCCAGAAUACAUUCCGGUUGCUCACGGUUGAGCUCCAGAAUUUGAAGAUCGUUGCUCCAGGAGCUUCAAGCGACGAGAUAAUCACAGAGCUUCGUCACGUCCUUGAUGAUGCCCGUGAGGAACUCGAAGAUCUCUUUCCGGGCACCACGACUACUCUUACCAAUGGUCAGCUUCUGCGAAAGAUGGUCGAGCACUUACGCGGCCUAAUGUCCGAGAUUAGGGAAAAGGUUAUUAUUGCCGAAAAACACAACCGACAAGAGACCAUCUUGCGCAGCCAACUCAAUGGAAUUCUCACCCUACUGGCUGAAUCUGAGGACAAGAAUACUGAGUUGGAGCAGCAGCGGUUGAAUUUGAAUGCAACCAACGAGAAGCUCCAGAGAGAAGUCGUUGACCUGGGAGAGCGCCUGACGGCAGCUAACGACACACUCGAUCUUCAAGAUCAGACUAUUCGGGAUAAUGACGCAAAAAUCCAUGGCCUUGAAGAUGAGCUUGAAGACAACGGGAUAACUCGAGAUAGGCUUAAGCAAGCUCUAGAUACUUACAGAAACGAUGUUGACACGCUAACUGAUACCGUUACACGUCUUGAGGCAGAGCAUACAAAUCAAAUCUCGAAAAUGAAGCAGGAGCAUUCCGGGACCGUCCAGACUCUCAAGACUCAGCUUGAGACCGAAAUGGACGGUCGUGCGGUUGCUGAAGGAGAUGCACAGCAGAAGGCCGAGUACAUUGACGACCUCGUGGGUCGUAUAGGCAACCUUGAGGGCGAGUUCACCAACAUCGACACCGAGCUAGCCCGCCUUCGUCAGCGUCUCACGGACGAGACUGCAGACCGCGAAACCGCAGAGACGGACCGAGACGCUCAAGCCGCAACGGUUCAUCAGCUCACCAACGAGAUUCAGUUUCUGAAUGAGAGCCUCAAAACUCUCCGUGCCGAUGAAGCUAGCCUUCGCGAGAACCUUGAGGCGGAGCGAAAGCAGAGAGAGACUACCGAGGCCACACUGGAUGCGCGAAAUGACGAAAUUGACGAUUUGAACACUCGGAUCCAUGACGCCGGCAUCCAAGCCAACGAGCUUCGCGCCAAGCUCUUCCAGAAUCAACUUGAGAAGGAACAGGCCAUUGCUGCGCUCAAGGACGAGAUCAAGGAACACGAUGAAGCGCAUGAUGAGGCUCUCGAUGAUGAGACGAACCGUCGCAAAGAUGCUGAGAAAGAGGUCUCUCUUCUUAACAAGCAGAUCACUGGCCUCGAAAAGCAGCUUGCUGAUACCGAGGAUGCUUUGGCCGAUAUGACGCACUCUCGAGAUGCUCUUGAAGCUGACCGCGACGCACAAGUUGCCCAGCUGAGCCGCGAUCUAGAUGAGAUACAAAAGAAGUUCACCGCCUUGGAGUCGUCUACUAAGACUACAAUAGUCUCCCUCCAGGCCACCAUGACGGAUCUUAACAAUGAACUAGACGCCGCAAAAUCUAAAAUCGACACCUUGGAGAAUAUCGCUGCUGCCACUAAUGUGGAGCAUGAUAAUGAGAUUGCCGAGCGCGAUGCUACUAUCCAGGACCUCCGAGACGGCCUUGAGAACGCAUCUUUAGAGCAGCGAGUUGAGAGCGAGGCCAACGAAAUGCUCAACAUUAUGAACGCGCACACCGCCGAGGCCAACGCCCUGAAUACGACCAUCAGUACCCAACAGGCUACCAUUAUAAACCUGCAGAAGACUACCGCGGAUCAGGCGAACAAGCAUGCUAAAGCAAUCACCGAGAAGGAGCAGGAGAUCGAAGAGCUUCGUGCAAUGGGUGACGCUCACAUGAAGAACGCCUUUGCUCUCGCUGAAGAAGAUACGCGCAACACCAUCGACGCCCUGAACGAGAGUCUUCGGCAGCUCCUAGGCCGGAACGAAGACCUUGCCGCUGCUCUCAAGAAGCGCAAUGCAGAUGCACUUGAAGCAAUCAGGGAGAUGAAGGUCAAGGGUUUAGAAGUCAAGACUCAUAGCGUAGAUCUGCAUAGGACCAAAGUCACGAAGAAGAAGUCCGGUCAGUACGAAGAAGAGGACGAGGCUGUGCCGGAGGCAGCGGCUGCGUAG